AUGUCCGCGCUAAGAAAUGAGGACUUUCGAAAAUUUGUUACUGAACGAGCAAGCACCGCCGUUCUCUCAGAUGCCACAACAGCUCGUGCCACAGGUCCAUCAUUUUCACAUCGUGCCAAGCCUGCCGAAACAAAAAAGAAAAACAAUGCUUGGAAAUACAAGAAGCCAAAACCUGUAGCAACAGAAGCAACGGCCGAGGAGGUCGAAGAUGAUGGAGAUAUGGAACUUCGAGAAAUCAUGAAGAAUUAUCGUGAUCGUGCAGCUGAAAGACGGCGACAAGGAGAAACGGAAGAUGAUUUCGAACGAACACGCGCAGCUUAUCGAGCAGUUCCCAAUGAUGCACGACAAGCAGCCGAGUUUGCUGAAAAAAGACGACGGGCUAUUCAAGAAUCAAAAUUCCUUGGAGGAGAUAUGGAGCACACUCACUUGGUGAAAGGUCUCGAUUAUUCCUUGCUCAAUAAGGUUCGAUCAGAAAUUACAAAAACGCAUGGAGACGUUGGUGAUGAAGAUCUUGAGAAAGCAUUAGAUGAUAGAGCGGCUGCUGCGGAAAGUGCUCCACUAGCACCUAUGAAAGAGUCAGACAGUCGAAUGGUUCGCAACAUCAAUCGCAUUUUAUUCAAAGACGAGUUGCCAGCAAAGAACGAACUUUUUGCCAGAGGACGAAUGGCCUAUGCGGCUGACAUGGAAGACGAUGAAGCCGAGAUUCCUACGACAAUCUUGCGCUCCGUAUUUGAUUGUCCAAAAGAUCGAAAUGCCACAGUCGCUGCUGACAGUGCUCUCAUUCAGAAGCUCACUCAAGUUCUUUCAUAUUUGCGUGGUGACGGCAAAAAGAAAAAGAAGGACAAAGAAGUUAAUGCUGGUGAACAAGCACAGCUUGCAAAGCACAAAGAUGAUGCUAUUUUUGAUGAUGCCGGUGAAUAUGAUUUGAAAAGUGCGCGCGGAAACGAAGAGGCAAAAAGCAGUCGACGAGAAAAGGAUGAUCGUGAUGCUAGACGACACGAUAGAAAAGAAGAUGAUAGAGAGGAUCGACGCGAUCGAGAUCGGGACCGCCAUAGAGAUCGCCGAGAUCCUGCUCGUGAACGUGACAGGGAAAAGCAACGUGAACGUGAACAAAAAGAACGGGAACGGGAGGAAAAAGAAAAAGAACGAAAAGCGGAUGUAGAAAAGGAGAAGAAAUUGGCCGAACGUUUAGCGAAACGUCUAAAAGAAGGACAAGAAGCCGGACAAGUUUAUGAAGAUUACGCUGAGUGCUACCCAAUGGGCUUGGUGGAAAUGGUUGGUGAAGACAGUGACGAGGAAGCCGACUUUUCAAAGAUGGAUAGCAACAAGAAAGGACUCAUCAAACGAUGGGAUUUCGACCAUGAAGAAGACUUUGAAAAGUAUCAAGGUUCUCGUGAAGCAUUGCCUAAAGCUGCUUAUCAAUUUGGAGUUAAAAUGAAUGAUGGGCGAAAAACGCGCAAGAUGGGUGCACAGGAUGCAAAGACAGUCGAACGCAAGCUUGAUCGAGAACUUAACGAAAUCAAUAAGAUUAUCGACAAACGAAAGCAGGGAACUGAUGCAGGUGAAAGCAGCAAGCGCCCAAAAUAU